AUGAAACACACUGAUCGAAGACCAUCUCUAGCUAUGGUUUCGUCAGAGCCGCUUACAGAACGUCGAGCCGACUGGGUCACAGUGCCAAGAAACUCUACCAUCGUGAUCACGAAGUCGAUGCACAUCUUGAUAUCUCCAAUUCGCGAGACUCCGGAUAACCACAUUUCUAGAAUCCUUCUCAAUGUGGGAGAGUCGCAGUACCCUGGCUGGAGGAACGGCGGGAUAUUCCAUUCUCGAGGAAGGAUGCAAAAACAACUAAUGGAUAAACGAGGCAGGCAGGAGAUCAGCAGUCCCUCCCUCAGCAGUAGCGCCUUUACGGUUGGGAGUACAGUGCGUGCCACAAUCACAAUCCCGGACAGAACAGUGCUAUGCUGCACCAUUAUGGAGCCAUUUCUUUUCAGCGGCAUGGACGACGGAACAAUUCACGUUUGGAAUAUGGACGACAGCGUGCUGUCUGAAGUGCUUCGAACCGGAAGAAGACCAGUCUUGGCGAUGUUGACCAUAUCUGAGGCAGGCAUCUUAAUUAGCGCGACUUCUGCUUCUACUGUCACAGCCUAUCGCAUGACAUCAGAUAGGCGAUUCGAGGCCUCGUUCGUCGUUUGCUGUGAGGGUAAAGGCGAUGUCAUGUCGCUAGCAAGAGUUGGAACGAAAAUUUUUGCAGGUUCAUCUGACGCGAAAGUCCGCUGUGUCAUUGAGGAUAUAUUUUCCGUUGAGACUUCUUCGUCACACGAAAGGGAACCUUCCAUCGACACCUCGUCCGAUAGAAGCUCAUCUUUUGCCGAUAUUCCGAGGGUUUAUGAUGCGCAUGAUUUCCCUUCGAGAGGUGCUGAGGCAACGCAUUACGGAUUUGUGUUUGCAAUGACGUCCUGUCUGGAAGGGCGAUAUUUAUGUACAGGCAGUGGCGACGGCCUUCUCCGAGUGUGGGAUAUGGUCAGCGAGGAAUGUGUCCAGACACGUGACGACCACGCCGGUGCUAUUCUUGCGCUUGCAGCUUACGAAGUAGUCCAAGGCGUCAUGCUUUUUUCGGGGUCCAGAGACUGCUCCGUUAAAGUCUGGGUUUGGGAUGGAGAAAACGGCUUCAUAUGCAAGCGCACCCUCCGAAAGCACAAGGACGAAGUCGUUUUUUUGACUCGCUUCGGUGAUAAGCUAGUGUCUGGGUCGGCUGACGGGCACGUUUGUGUGUGGUGUACCCAGUCUCUUGCAUUAUUGUGCCAGUAUCGAGAUAACACUCUCAAGGCAGGUGCAGUGAGUCUCAAUUCCAAGCUGCUGUUCACAUCUUCUGAUGAGGGUACAAUCUACGUCAGGGAUAUCUUGUUGACUGAAAGAGACCUUGGCCGACGGGAUUCGCUUUCGCGCACUAGUACGGGAGAGUACGGCUUCAACCAGAUAGAGAGCAUUUCUGAUGCAGCUGAGCAGGGAUACGAUGAUGUAGCUCCAAAUGAAAUCAGUCCGGGUCAUGUAGUUUCGAAAGACGCGAUUCAGUGCGGGCUGUGUGUUAACCCUACCACCUCUGCAGAGCUUCUUGUAUCAGAGGUCCACGAAGAAUUGGACGAGACGGAGACUCUGGUUCCUGGUGUAACAAACGAGAUGAUACUGGCUCCACCAAUGUCCCCCGUCACUGGGUGCGACAAGACACGUGAAGAGCUGCUCUCCACGAUUUUAACGGAAAAGGAGAGCGCUGCAAGCUCAAGUAAGUCUUCUCUUGAGGAAAGAGGAAAAUUUCUGGACCCAAGCUACUCUCGAGACAGAGCGGGUAACGAAGGUAUCCUGUCUUCGCAGUCAAUCGAACGUCGACUUAUUCAGGAUACUCUAGCACGCUUUCUGUCGUUUCCAACUGUAUCUGGUACAGAAGAGCACUGGGAGGAUUGCUGGCAAGGUGCGCGAUACAUUGGAACAUUUCUUGAGGGCUUAGGGGCUAGUGUGAAGUACUUCAGCACAACUCCAGGAAAGAACCCUUCAUCCGAUAGUUCUGGGAAAAUGCAAAUCUCGCGACAAAGUACGCUUGCCGGGUCGAACCCAAUUGUGCUUGCGAAAUUUGCAAGCAGUAAUCCAUCUGCCAAAACUGUGACAUUUUAUGGGCAUUACGACGUCAUGCCAGUGGAUUCAACUCACUGGCGCACAGAUCCUUGGACAUUGACGGCAAUUGAUGGAUACUAUUAUGGAAGAGGAGCAACCGACAACAAAGGUCCUAUCAUUGCGAUGAUCUUUGCGAUAAAGAAGCUUCUUGAGGAGAGUGCAGAGGGUCUCAAGUCUAACUUCGUCUUCAUUCUUCAAGGAGAAGGUGAAACAUCGAAUGCAGGUUUCAAAGAGUGUGUAAAGUCCCACCUCCACUGGUUUGAGAACACAUCUCUUGUCCUAACAUCGAAUUCGUACUGGCUUGGGGAAGAAAAACCGUGCAUCACGUACGGAUUUCGGGGCCUUAUCGAGCUCAACGUUUCCGUGACGGGAGCGUCUCGGAACUUACACUCAGGCGUCGAUGGUGGAGCGAUCUUCGAACCAAUGACAGACCUUGUAGCGGUACUGGGAACAAUGACUAGCGCAAGUGGCGGGGUCCGCAUUCCUGGUUUUUUCGAUGAUGUCCGGCCUCCCACGGCAGCUGAGAAGAAACUCCUGCAAGACACUGACUUCACGGUAGAGGAAUAUCGGAGCGGAACAGGAGUCAGUCGUUUCACUUCAGACAACGCGACGGAAAUCUUGGAGUCCCGCUGGACGAACCCCUCGAUAUCAAUAACAUCCAUCGAGACUAGCAACGCAUCCGGCUUCUAUUCUGUUGUACCGCGGAAGGCAGAAGCAAAAAUUUCUAUUCGGUUUGUCCCUGACCAGAACCCAUCAAAGAUAGAGAAUGCCGUGGCAGCUCAUCUACAAUCCGAAAUUGAAAAGCGUCGGUCACCAAAUGCCGUAGAAGUAGAGUGCGUGAACAAAGGCGAUUGGUGGUUAGGUGACCCUUCCUGCCGCCAGUUUCAAAUUGCCGAACGAGCAGUUCGGGCGGUGUGGGGCAUUAAGCCAGUAUACGUGCGUGAGGGUGGCAGCAUGCCAUUGUUCUCAUAUUUGGUCAAAACUUUGCAAGCCCCGCUUGUACAAAUACCUCUUGGACAAUCCUCCGACGGCGCGCACUUGCCAAAUGAACGUAUUCGGAGUAUCAACCUCUUUCGAGGAAAGGAAGUGCUCCAGCGUAUCGUGCGAGACUUCGCUGAAACAAGUAAGUAG